GUAAUUCCAGCCUGAAGAGUUUGAGUGUAGGCGGUUGGCUACUGCCCCAGUGUUCAACUACAAAUAUCAGACACUGCACACAGUAAACACCUUUUCUACGGACCAGCCAGCAGAGAGACACAAACAGAGAUCAUACCUGCCAGCAUGGGACAGAAACUGAGGGGACACACUCAGCCAGCUGAGGCUGCCUGCAGGGGUUCAAUGAUAGAUAUAGGACGGGACGAGUCUGUGCUCAUCCUCAUCAAACACUGCCAGGACAUGAAGCAACAGGAGACGCGCCUCAGACUCAUCACCCUGCUCCUGCUCCUCACAUGUAUGGCAAUGCUGAUUUACACCACCAGUGCCGGUUUAAGGCAGCAUGAGGAGUCUGGCUCCCAUGGACAAGGGAGCGCGGUUGAGCAAGGAGCAGCCCACCCUAGACAAGAGAGAUUGUGUCCUGAAGAUAAUCAGACUCCGGUGCGCAUUCAUCUCAGGCCCCCAAGUCCAACCAACAAGACCAAAAUGAGUGAUGGACAGUACCUUGAAUGGGAUGUCGACUUUGGUGAAAGAAAUUACGACGAAGAGACACAUGCCAUUGUGAUUCCUGCACCGGGCAUCUAUUUUGUCUAUCUGAGGAUUACUUUAAGCUGCCAUGGUGAGAAAACUCCAAACUUUGAGUUGUUCACUCUACAACUGUACUGCUUGAAUGAAGGUUACCCAAAACGAAGGCUCCUGACAGAUGCCAUGGAUGGUUUAGAGUGCACUCAAGACAGAUCAAAGAGUGUGUUUGUGGGGCAGCUUUUUGAAUUAGUGGAAGGAGAUUAUCUGAAAGUAUUGAUGAAAAAGGGCUACAAACUGAUGAAAACAGCAUCAUUUGGUGCAUAUCUAGUAUAGAGAAUUCAAUCUUAAUAAUGUAUAUUAAGCAUAUUUUUUGAACAAUAACCGGGGUUAUUUAUCAUCUCUCAUGUAUAAACUUUGUAUGUUUUGAAAAGGCUUUAGCCUGUUUUGUGAUUUUGUUAUGCAUAUAAGAGGUCUGAAAAGUGCAGGCCAAAGGGAAGUACUAUCUCCCACAGGAAACACUGCUCCUGCACUGCCUGACACACCUCAUUUGUACUCAUUUUUCUACUUUCUUUAUUACAUUACAUCGUAACAGGCACCACCUAUAGGCUAGGUGACAGUCCAGUCCCUAGUGAAUCUACGCAAUGGGCGGUGCCUGCUCAGGAAUACGGAAGCUGACUAAGGGGGGGGGGACCUUAAAGAAAACAGUGUGUCAGAGGGUGAAUAGAGGAGCUGCAGAAAUGGCAGACAUGAGGAAAAUAAUGUAUUUAUUUAACAUUGGAGAAUGUAAAGACCCUCCAAAUACAACUAUGAACCUGAAAAUGAGAAUAAUAUGACCUCUUUAAAAUACUUCCUGUUAAUGCUUUAAUUAAAGCUGCAGUGGGCGACAUGAACGUACGCAAUACAAAACCUUCUUCAUCUUUCUCUGCUGCCUCGCGUCACUCUGCUCUGAUGUUUUUAUUUUGCACUUUCUUUUUCUCUCUCUUCUCUUCCAAGGUCCCUUCUUUUGGGUUGUUUUUAACUAUAUGCUGUUGUCUGUGAAGGAGGUACUGGAAAUUUAUCACAAGUUGCAAUAGCUCUUGACAUUAAUUUGGAGAGCAACACACCAAGACAUGGUUGCUGUGAUUGGCUUGUUACAUCCUAGCUAACCCUGCCUGGUUGUUUGAUUCAGACUGGGUACAUGUUUCCAAAAUCUAAAUACAAAGGGGCAAGCACUCCAUUUUUUCCCCCUUCAAAUUAAAUAUUCUUAGUGACAUGAAAUGCCUAAAAUUAGUUAAUUGAAUCAAAAUGAUAAUUCAGUAAUAUUGUCUGCUGCAGCUUUAACUGAGUAUUCAGGGUUGGAAGCUAUGCAGUGUAUACAGAAGGGCAAAUGACAAAUUACAGGAAGUGUCUUAGUAAGAUGUAUUUCCACUAAGUCUCCUUGACAUAGAUGCUACUGGAGGGCUGAAUGCCAUUCUUCCAAAAGAUAUUCAGUGGAUGGCAGAGAUCUAGAGAGAUCUGAGUAAACAUCUCAAUUUCUUUAUUCAGGGUGCUCCAUUAACUUGUGACUGGUUUGGAUAUGUGAAGUAUAUAUGCAUAUAUGCACUUGAGCAUUGUUUUGUUAAGUGAUAUGUCACAGCCUCUACUAUGUUUAAAAAAAUCCAUCAUCUUUGAAGCUUUGCAUUAGCUUUGUUUGAGCCUAUAUGCUAAACUGGACAAAAACUUAAAUGGGGUUUUGAAUGAAGUGCUGGAAAUAUACUCAGUUAAUAAAACAAGAUUACAGAUGUUUCUUUUGAGAUAAACCCUUUUUGAUUCUAAAGUUUUUUUUUAAACUAUUUCUUAUAACAGUUUUUGCCUACUGUUUGCUUUCACUUAAACUUUGUAUAACUAGUUCUGGUAACAACAGUGCAAUUCUGCGGAAAUGAUGCAGCUUAUUUUCAACAUCAAUUCAAAUCUCCAUUCAGAAACAUUGGGAGACUUCCAUGGCAGAACCUAAAGUUAGUAUGUCAAGAAUGUAAGAAAACUGCAGAGGUGAAUUGUAAAAAUACAAGUUUCACACAGUGUUGUUGUGUGAAAAGUGCCCAUAUAUUGUGUGUACUCAGGGAUUAUUUUAGAAUGACGGAGCAGAUGGACUAACAUUAAGAAUUUUGAAUGCAUGUGAACAAAAAUAACUUAUGGUUAGUGCUUUUUGCUUCUACUUCUAAGCAUCACUUUAAUAAACUAUAAUAAUAAUAUAUUAUAUAAAUAUAUAUAUAUAUCUAUAUAAUAAUCUAUCGCCACACUCCUAACAAGAAAAUACCUUUCUUUGUUCAGUUACUGCAGUUUGACUGUAUUAAAUGUAGCCAUGAGACUACAUUACUUUUUAACUGUAAUGUAUUAUUUUUAUUGGUCUUCAUUGGCUUUUAGAUCAGUAUUUGACCAAUCAUAAUGCUGUUACAUUACACUCCCAUUGUUGUAUUAUGUAUUUAAGCUAAUUUUUGGUAUUGCCUUUUUUUUUUAACAUAUGGCUUGUAUCAAACCCCUGUCUGUCAGAGCUGAGUGACAACUGAGUUUGCUAUUGGACUCUGAAAAUAAAAUUGAUUUGAAAACAUAA